ACCAUUAAAGCAAUUGAGAGGCACGUAGCUAUCUAUAAGAGUGGCGAAGAGAGGAGUUAGGGUGAGAGUGAGAGAUGGCACCGUUGAAAUCUCUGGAGCAAGACUAUCCCAUUUUAGACUCAAACUUCCAGUCCUUCUGUGCUUCUCACGACAUUUUCUCAGUUGAGGAUUUACUCUUGCAUGACCUCUACGUAUUAGCUGCUUUUGCGGAACAAGAAUCUAGCUCUGAGAGAUUAAAGCAGGGGAUUACCCAAGUCCUCUCUAUCAUUGAUGGUCAGCAUCAGCCAUGGUUGAAUGGUAUGGAGCUCUUGGAAGAUGCUCAAAGGAAUAAACAUGUGUUGUUUACUGGAUGUGAAGGGAUUGAUUUGUUACUUCAUGGUGGAUUGCGUGUGGGGCAGUUAAUGGAACUUGUUGGGCCAUCGUCGUCUGGUAAAACACAAGUUUGCCUACUAGCUGCCUCAAAUGUUGCAAAGAAACAUAUCGGCAGUGUUGUAUACUUAGAUACAGGCAACUCUUUUUCACCCCAACGUGUUACACACUUUAUUUGUCAGCACUCUGAUCCUGCCAUUGAUCAGGCUAAACACAGAACACUCCAGAAGGUAAUGAACAACAUAUCUUACAAAUCAGUAUUUGACAUAUUUACAAUGUUUGAUGUGCUACAUCAGCUAGAGUUCAAUCUGAGAUCUCAGAUGCAGGGAGGAGAUUGUAAGGUGCAGUUGCUUAUUGUUGAUUCGGUGUCAUCAAUGGUUACACCAAUCCUUGGAGGCAGUGGUUCCCAGGGGCAUGCGUUAAUGAUUUCUGCUGGAUACCUGUUGAAGAAAUUAGCACAUGAGCAUAAUAUUGCAGUACUGGUUACUAAUCACACAGUGGGUGGAGAUGGAGGUAUCUCUAAACCGGCUCUUGGAGAGAGUUGGAAAAGCAUCCCACAUGUUCGGCUUCUGCUUUCCCGUGAUCAUGGAGGCAGCAUCUGUAAUGUUUCCAUACUUAAACACCCAUCCAUGGUAGAAUCCUUCGCAUCUUUAUUCACAAUGUGUGCCAUAGACUUACCUCUCUCUCUCUCUGUUCAGCCUUUCUAUCACACCGUGUUUACUCCAUAUGGUAUUUCUUUUUUUAUUCACCCUUUUUAAUUUUUUUUCCUCAGGCUGUUGGUAAGGCUGCAAGGUUUAUGAUUCACAACUAAUGACAUGGAUUAUGGAAUAGAAAUUCUCUGUCCCACUUUGGGUGUUCCACUUUAUUCACCCAUUGUAAUAUGUCAUGUAUUUGAUUUUUUUUUUUCUAUUUUAAAUUUUGGCUAAUUUAUAAAGAAUAUAUGUGUGUGUGUGUGUGCACGAGAGAGAGAGAGAGUGGAAAACCCAAAAUGGGAUAGAAGAUUUUUAUUCUAAAUUAUGCCUCUAUUGUGGAAGUGAAGUGUUUUGUAAUGAUAUCAAGAAUAUUAUCAAUUUUUUGGAGAAUUUUUUUCCUUCUUAAGUAGUUCAUUUUUAUUUUAGAUUGAGGGAGCUGUAUUUCAAAAACACAUAUUAGCUU